UGUGUGACCCAUUUUUCUAUCAUAUUCAUGUGACUAGCAAGUGAGAAUGUGCUAUAACAGUGCAACAGCCAAUAAGGUCCCAAUACAAAUAUUUCAAUCCAACGAUAAAAAAAUAAAGACAUAAAGAGAUUUAUCUAUACAACAUAAAUUUCUAUUUUCAUUUUGAAUGAAACAAAAUACUAUCAUGUUCGUAUCUGUACUAAGAAUAAAGUGUACCUUUCUAUCUCUCUCUUAUGUAAUGAUGGAGAAGACGUGCGGUAGCGGCGGAUCAGAGAAGUAUUGGCAAGGGGCAGCGCUGUUGAGGGUGCCGAAUGCGAUAUCAGAUACGUGAUUGUUUGGAUCUGUUUCCGGUAUGAGAGGCAUUGAGGUUCGUUCUUUUUUCCGGCGGCCACGUGCUUGUGUUCGUUUUCCGCGACAGAAGAUAAAAUGGCUAACCAAGACGAUACCCAUGACGCGAAUGGAUCACGUAACAAUGUUGAAAAAGAAAUCAAACGAGGAUUGACUGUUAUGAAGUCAAUCAUUCGUGCAAGAGACAAGGGUGUAAAAUUUGAAGUACAUUGGAGUGCUGAAGACCAACUAAUUGAGCCUAACGGUUCAAUGUUGGCAAGUUACAUUGGUUUCCUUGUUCGACAACAUAUUCCGAUUACAUGUGAUAAUUGGAGAAGUCCGGACUUGAAGGUUGGCAAAGAAAAAAUAUGGUCGGAGAUACAGAGAUUCUUUCACAUCGAUGAAAGCCGACAAAAAUAUUGUAUUCAAUUGGCCGGAAAAAGACUCCGAGGAUUUCGAUCCUUUUUGUCCAACAAAUUUCUCAAGGAUGAGGAAGGAAAAUUUGUUGAAGCAGAAUGGCCAAUGAAGUAUGCCGAGAUUAUUUCAGCCGAUGAAUGGAAUAACUUUGUCGCCAAACGAAGAAACGAAAAAUUCCAUGAAGUAAGCGACAAAAAUCGGAAAAGGGCAUCAAAACCCGCGUAUCCGUACAAAAAAGGGCGUACGGGAUAUGCACGGUUACAACAAAGAAUUGUGAGUAUAUUCAAAUGCUAUGAGCUUAUACAUUGUCACAAUAUGUUAUAAUUGAUGAUCUUAUAAUCUAAUUCAAUGUGUAACUAACUGAGGAGAAAAGUGACGCAACAUCUCUUCCGGAGCACGUAUUAUGGAAGGCUGCUCGGGUUGGGAAGGAUGGGGCUGUCGUUGAAG